AUGUACGACCCGGUUAAUGAAGCGGCUAAUGUAAAUGCAGUUGAUAACAUGGGGCAAUACAAAAAAAGAGGCCGCACAACUUUGAAGGAGUUAUGGGAAUUACCUCCGGGAGAAAAAGUUUUAGUUAGUGCUAAUCAUUUGGGACAACCUGUUGGGGCCGAGGCACAAUUGCUAUCAUCAUUUUUUGGUAUGGUUGCUAGAAGUAGUCAGAGGAUUGGCCUACAAUAUGAAACUUGGCAUAAAGUGCCAAAAAAAUUGAAGGAGGAAUUAUUAAACUUCAUUGAGUCACGUUUUGUUCUCGAAAUUCCAAAAGACUAUGUGCUUAAGUCACUCGGAAAGAAAUGGAGAGAUUACAAACAUGAUUUAAAGAAAAGAUAUUUCAAAAGAGAAGAUGGAGUGCGGGCAAACAAGGACAAACUUCCAGAAGGUGUCAUUAGAUGGCAGUGGGAAGAGUUAAUUGACCAUUGGUAUUCAAAUAAAGGAGAGGAAGCAGAAAAAGUUGGGAUUACAUCUAGAAAGCAACAAAAAUACACACACACCUCUGGUUCAAAAAGUUUUGCAAGGAAAGAAAAAGAAAUGGAGGUUAAUAGUGGAAGAAAAAUAGGACGUUUUGAGUUUUUUAAAGAAACUCAUACAAAGAAGGAUGGAUCACAUGUGAAUGCUGAAACUCAAGACAUUAUGGAGAAAGCAACUGCAAAACUAGCUGAACAUGAAGUAAUGGGUGAGGAUGAGACCAUGGUUGAAACUCAAAUUUUGAAUCAAAUAAUUGGAAAAGAACGACAUGGCCGAGUAAGAGGACUUGGAUUGGGUCCAACACCUACAAGUUACUAUGGUUCAAGUAGCCGCAGCACCACAGCAUCAGUUGACCAUUCAGAGUGCAUCGAGCGAUACAAAGACAUCCAAGAUAAAUUUCAAAAGAUAGAAGAAAAUCAUCAACGAGAACGUGAUCAAUACAAAGUUGUUAUUGCUUUCUUGCAAGAGAAGUUUCCUGAAGCUAGUAACCUUUUCCCUGACAUAGGUGUCUCAACUUCACAAUCUCAGAAUCAAUCUACUGGACCUGAGAUUCCUGAGGCUAAUAUAGGCGGUUCUAGUUCACGAGAUCAGAAUCAAUCCCAUGGAUCUCACUGA